AUGGCCGGGGGCAAUGGCAUCAUCUUCACCAUGAAUACAAACUGUUUGAAUAAACACAAAAUAUUCCACCACCGCUUUCACGUCUAUUCCGUUUGCAAUCGCGGCACCGCCGGUGAAGAAACAAAAUUCCCCGUGCUAGGGCGUCAUCGUCGUUUUAGCUCACUCUCCGUGUCGUUUCAAAAUGGAAACGGCGGUAGGCCAUCGUCUUCGGCAGGAUUGAUCACCUGGGAUGAUGUAUUUCGAGCUUCUGAAUCCACCAACAAUCCUAAUGAUGAUGACCUUCAAGGCUUCUUCCGUAAGAUUGAACUCUGCAACCGUGAUCAUGAGAAGCUGCAUCAAGAGUUUCUGCCCUUUGUUGUUGAGGAUCAUAUUGUUGGUUAUGUGCAUUACGAGUUUGCAAAAUAUCUAAGGCAAUUUAAAGAUGUGUUCAUCUUUCCCAAGUACGAGACCUGCUGUGGGAGUAGUAAAUUCAGAUGCCAUUUCACGUUUCAUCCAAUGCUGAGGACUGCUGAAGACAGGACAAGAGCCGUUGGUGGUGUUAUUCAAAUAUUGGGAGACCAAAAUGUAAUUCCAGGAAUACGAAAUGAGCUAUAUCCUGUCACAUCAUCUUCCAGUAGGGGCACUUUUUUCUUGGUUGAAAGAGCAGCUGCACCUUUCUUUGGCAUCAAGGAUUAUGAAGUUCACAUGAACGGAUACGUGGAAAAGGAUGGGGAGAUUUAUCUUUGGAUUGGAAAGAGAAGUGAGCUGAAACCCAACUAUCCUGGGAUGCUUGAUCAUCUUGUUGCUGGUGGACUGCCAUAUGGUGUUUCCUGCAAAAAGCAUCUUGUUUUGGAAUGUGAAGAGGAAGCCGGAAUACCAAGUUCAAUUUCCAGCAAAGCCAACCCAGUUGGAGUGGUGUCCUAUGCAGACGUUGAUGAACUAAAGUUCAGAAGAGAUGUGGUUUUUUGUUAUGAUCUAAAACUACCUGAAGAUUUUGUUCCCAAUAAUGAGGGUGAGCUCUUCUCUUGA